UAAUUAAAAAAAUAAUUGACAGGACCUAUGGUUGUCGUGUCAAAAUAUUUUUGUUUUGUUCUUCGUAUAAUUUAUUAAAAAUCGCAUAAUAUGUCAUAAUUGUAAUGUUUUCUAUUUAUUUAAAUGUUAAGUUACGUAAAUUAAUUAUAAAAACACUGAAUACUUAUCAUGUUUUGGUGAUACAACAUCCAUAGUGUGGUACCGUGGUAGUCAUGUCAGAUUGCGCGCUGGUGUCCAAUGUAAGCGAACACGAUGCGAGUAUGGACGUGGGGAACGACAAGUCUCUAUUCGAGCCCUCUGUUGAAAUGAUGGUAAAUGAUUUUGACGACGAGAGAACACUAGACGAAGAAGAAGCAUUAGCGGCGGGAGAGCAACAGGAUCCCAAAGCAGAACUCAAUAGCCUUCAGCGAGAGGGGGAUAUGCCCUUGGAGGAACUUCUAGCACUAUACGGAUACGACAGAAGCAUGGACAAGCCCAUACCUGAGCAGGCCCCGGAGGUGGUGCCCGAGGAGAUUGAGAAGACAGAAUCAGCAUUACAGCAGUUAUACAGUGAGACUACUAGUCCAGAAGCCACGAGAUGCCUUAGGUCAGGGUCCAGACCGCCUUCAGAAGAAGAAGAUGACUAUGACUAUAGUCCCGAUGAGGAUGACUGGAAAAAGACUAUUAUGGUUGGUAGUGACUACCAAGCUGCUAUCCCUGAAGGUUUAUGUAGCUAUGAUGAUGCAUUACCAUAUGAAAAUGAGGACAAGUUGUUGUGGAACCCAACUAUGUUAGAAGAAAAGGUAACAGAGGAAUAUAUGAAGAAAAUAUGCGCUAUGAACUCGGCAACAGGAAUAGAUGCUGUUCCUCGAGGGAGACAGUUGCGAGAUGACGAAGAAGCUCUGUACCUGCUUCAACAGUGUGGACAUAAUGUGGAGGAGGCCUUGAGGCGGCGGCGCAUAUCUGCCCAAACUCCUGCACAUGCAAGUCUGUGGUCAGAAGAAGAAUGUCGCAACUUUGAAAAUGGGCUAAAAGCCCAUGGCAAGGACUUCCAUUUAAUCAGACAGUACAAAGUAAGGACUCGGUCUGUUGGUGAACUGGUACAGUUUUAUUACAUUUGGAAAAAGACAGAACGGCAUGAUAUAUUUGCAAACAAGGCUCGGUUGGAGAAAAAAAAGUAUACAAUACACCCGGGCCACACAGAUUAUAUGGACAGGUUUUUGGAGGAGCAGGAGGCAUCAGGACCUGGGGUGGUUAGACCAGUGUCACCUUCUCCGAUGAUGGAGUUUGGUCCCUCUCCUGCAACACAGCCUGACCCAUUGGCGUUGGGUGAAAAAGAGGUGUUUUCCCAGUUAAACGCCCACACCCCACCUCCACGAGCCUUGUCUAUGGAGGAUCCAGAACCUCCAACAGGUUCCUAAUCCAUGUAUUAUUGGCAGAAGCCAUUCGUAGCAAGCACUGUUUGUAACAUACUUAAUUAUGUUGUUAUUAGAUAUAAGUGUAUUUUUUCCUUAUUCAUGAAACUAAUCCAAUUUUGUUUUUGUAACACUAUUUUAUAUAAAGGACUGACUAAGACCCUUUUUUUGUAUUUUAACAUUUUAAAACAGUACAAUGUAAAUAAUAAUGCUGUAAAUUAUGUUAUGUGUUUGUGAAUAAGGGAAUUAUGCUGAAUGAAAUGAAUGUUUGUGCACUCAUCGGAAGAUGGGAGGUGUAUAAAAUUAUGUGGUAAUUGAAAUAAGAAUAAACAGUGCAAAUA